CCUCGGCGCGGGAGGAGGCUCCGCCCCGGCCGUAAGGACGCUCGGGUCGGGCCGGGCGCGGCGUGGGGCGGGGCGCGGCGGGCCUCGCGCGGGCCCAGCAGCCUCGUCGCACCUGCUGGCCGGGACAAAGGCGCGCCAGGGCCCGGAAGCUCCCGCGCCCCUCUUUCCCGCUGGUCGCGGGACAGCUUCAAAGCUGUCAACGUUUCCCUUAGUCCCCGUACCAGUGACAGCUCUGUGAUUGACCUCUGCUCUUAUUGACUAGGAGGCAUUUGAGCAGGCAUGCUCCAUUCCUGGAAUUGACAGUCAUUCCAUUUUUGAAUAUACUAACAUUGAAUCAGCACUUCUAAAGUCCUGCCUUCUUACUGGCUUCAGUUGGCCUUCAGACAUAAUGAGGAGACUGGCUUUUCGAGGCGCUGGUUGUGCUCUGGUAAAGCUGAAGAAAUUGGAUUCCAUGGGUUCCAAGAGAAGAAGAGCUACUUCUCCUUCUAGCAGUGUCAGUGGGGACUUUGAUGAUGGACACCAUUCUGUACCCACACCAGGCCCAAGCAGGAAAAGGAGGAGACUGUCCAAUCUUCCAACAGUAGAUCCUAUUGCUGUGUGCCAUGAACUCUACAAUACUAUCCGAGACUAUAAGGAUGAACAGGGCAGACUUCUUUGUGAACUCUUCAUUAGGGCACCAAAGCGAAGAAAUCAGCCUGACUAUUAUGAAGUGGUUUCUCAGCCCAUUGACUUGAUGAAAAUCCAACAAAAACUAAAAAUGGAAGAGUAUGAUGAUGUUAAUCUGCUGACAGCUGACUUCCAGCUGCUUUUCAACAAUGCAAAGGCCUAUUAUAAGCCAGAUUCACCUGAAUAUAAAGCUGCUUGUAAGCUCUGGGAUUUGUAUCUUCGAACAAGAAAUGAGUUUGUUCAGAAAGGAGAAGCAGACGAUGAAGAUGAUGAUGAAGAUGGACAAGACAAUCAAGGCACAGUGACUGAAGGAUCUUCUCCAGGUUACCUGAAGGAGAUACUAGAGCAGCUACUGGAAGCCAUAGUUGUAGCCACAAAUCCAUCAGGACAUCUUAUUAGUGAACUUUUUCAGAAACUGCCUUCUAAAGUGCAAUAUCCAGACUAUUAUGCAAUAAUUAAGGAGCCUAUAGAUCUCAAGACCAUUGCCCAGAGGAUACAGAAUGGAAGCUACAAAAGUAUUCAUGCAAUGGCCAAAGAUAUAGAUCUCCUAGCAAAAAAUGCCAAAACUUAUAAUGAGCCUGGUUCUCAAGUAUUCAAGGAUGCAAAUUCAAUUAAAAAAAUAUUUUAUAUGAAAAAAGCAGAGAUUGAACAUCAUGAAAUGACUAAAUCAAGUCUUCGGAUAAGGACUGCAUCCAAUUUGGCUGCAGCCCGACUAACAGGUUCAACACACAGUAAAGGCAGCCUUGGUGAAGAGAGAAACGCCACUAGCAAAUACUACCGUAAUAAAAGAGCAGUCCAAGGGGGUCGUUUAUCUGCAAUUACCAUGGCACUUCAGUAUGGCUCAGAGAGUGAAGAGGAUGCUACUUUAGCUGCUGCACGUUAUGAAGAAGGAGAAUCAGAAGCAGAGAGUAUCACUUCCUUUAUGGAUGUUUCAAAUCCUUUUUAUCAGCUUUAUGACGCAGUUAGGAGCUGUCGAAAUAACCAAGGGCAGCUAAUAGCGGAACCUUUUUUCCAUUUGCCCUCAAAGAAAAAAUACCCUGAUUACUACCAGCAAAUUAAAAUGCCCAUAUCCCUACAGCAGAUCAGAACAAAGCUAAAGAACCAAGAAUAUGAAACCUUAGAUCAUUUGGAAUGUGAUUUGAAUUUAAUGUUUGAAAAUGCCAAACGCUAUAAUGUUCCCAAUUCAGCCAUCUAUAAGCGAGUUCUUAAGUUACAGCAAGUCAUGCAGGCAAAGAAGAAAGAACUUGCCAGGCGAGAUGACAUUGAGGAUGGAGACAGCAUGAUCUCUUCAGCCACCUCUGAUACUGGUAGUGCCAAAAGAAAAAGGAACACUCAUGACAGUGAGAUGUUGGGUCUCAGGAGGCUAUCCAGUAAAAAGAACAUAAGAAAGCAGCGAAUGAAAAUUUUAUUCAAUGUUGUUCUUGAAGCUCGAGAGCCAGGUUCAGGCAGAAGACUUUGUGAUCUAUUUAUGGUUAAACCAUCCAAGAAGGACUAUCCUGAUUAUUAUAAAAUCAUCUUGGAACCAAUGGACUUGAAAAUAAUUGAGCAUAACAUCCGCAAUGACAAAUACGCAGGUGAAGAGGGAAUGAUAGAGGACAUGAAACUGAUGUUCCGGAAUGCCAGGCACUACAAUGAAGAGGGUUCCCAGGUAUAUAAUGAUGCACAUAUCCUGGAGAAAUUACUCAAGGAUAAAAGGAAAGAGCUGGGCCCGCUCCCUGAUGAUGAUGACUUGGCUUCUCCCAAACUCAAGCUAAGUAGAAAGAGUGGUGUUUCUCCAAAAAAAUCAAAAUAUAUGACUCCAAUGCAGCAGAAAUUAAAUGAAGUUUAUGAAGCUGUUAAAAACUACACUGAUAAGAGAGGUCGCCGCCUCAGUGCAAUAUUUCUGAGGCUUCCCUCCAGAUCUGAACUGCCAGACUACUAUCUGACCAUUAAAAAGCCCAUGGAUAUGGAAAAAAUUCGAAGUCACAUGAUGGCGAACAAGUACCAAGAUAUAGACUCUAUGGUUGAGGAUUUUGUCAUGAUGUUUAACAAUGCUUGUACAUACAAUGAACCUGAAUCUUUGAUCUACAAAGAUGCCCUUGUCCUACACAAAGUCCUGCUUGAAACUAGGAGAGACUUGGAGGGAGAUGAGGACUCUCAUGUCCCAAAUGUGACUUUGCUUAUUCAAGAGCUUAUCCAUAAUCUUUUUGUGUCGGUCAUGAGUCAUCAGGAUGAUGAAGGAAGAUGCUAUAGUGAUUCCUUAGCAGAAAUUCCUGCUGUGGAUCCCAACUUUCCUAACAAACCUCCCCUUACUUUUGACAUUAUUAGGAAGAAUGUUGAAAAUAAUCGCUACCGGCGGCUUGAUUUAUUUCAAGAGCAUAUGUUUGAAGUAUUGGAAAGGGCAAGAAGGAUGAAUCGGACAGAUUCCGAAAUAUAUGAGGAUGCUGUAGAACUUCAGCAGUUUUUUAUUAAAAUUCGUGAUGAACUCUGCAAAAAUGGAGAGAUUCUUCUUUCUCCAGCACUCAGCUAUACCACAAAACAUUUGCAUAAUGAUGUGGAGAAAGAAAAAAAGGAAAAAUUACCAAAAGAAAUAGAAGAAGAUAAACUAAAACGUGAAGAAGAAAAACGAGAAGCUGAAAAGAGUGAAGAUUCUUCAGGUGCUGCAACCCUAUCAGGCUUACAUCGCACAUACAGCCAAGACUGCAGCUUUAAGAACAGCAUGUACCAUGUUGGAGACUAUGUCUAUGUAGAACCUGCAGAAGCCAACCUACAGCCACACAUAGUCUGUAUUGAGAGGCUAUGGGAGGAUUCAGCUGGUGAAAAAUGGUUAUAUGGCUGUUGGUUUUAUCGGCCAAAUGAAACAUUCCACCUGGCUACACGAAAAUUUCUUGAAAAAGAAGUUUUUAAGAGUGACUAUUACAAUAAAAUUCCUGUUAGUAAAAUUCUAGGCAAAUGUGUGGUCAUGUUUGUCAAGGAAUACUUCAAAUUAUGCCCAGAAAACUUUCGCGAUGAGGAUGUUUUUGUUUGUGAAUCACGUUAUUCUGCCAAAACUAAAUCUUUUAAGAAAAUUAAACUGUGGACCAUGCCCAUUAGCUCAGUUAGGUUUGUUCCUCGGGAUGUGCCCCUGCCUGUAGUCCGAGUGGCAUCUGUAUUUGCAAAUGCAGAUAAAGGGGAUGAUGAGAAGAAUACAGACAACUCAGAGGACAGUCGAGCUGAAGACAGUUUUAACUUGGAAAAGGAUAAAGAAGAUGUCCCUGUGGAAAUGUCCAAUGGAGAGCCAGGUUGUCACUACUUUGAGCAGCUCCAUUACAAUGACAUGUGGUUAAAAGUUGGAGACUGUGUCUUCAUCAAGUCCCAUGGUCUGGUGCGCCCUCGUGUUGGGAGAAUUGAAAAAGUAUGGGUCCGAGAUGGAGCUGCAUAUUUUUAUGGUCCCAUCUUCAUUCAUCCAGAAGAGACAGAGCAUGAGCCCACAAAAAUGUUCUACAAAAAAGAAGUGUUUCUGAGUAACCUGGAAGAAACUUGCCCUAUGACAUGUAUUUUGGGAAAGUGUGCUGUGUUAUCCUUCAAAGACUUCCUCUCCUGCAGGCCAACUGAAAUACCAGAAAAUGACAUUAUGCUUUGUGAGAGCCGCUACAAUGAGAGUGACAAGCAGAUGAAGAAAUUCAAGGGACUGAAAAGGUUUUCCCUCUCAGCUAAAGUGGUAGAUGAUGAAAUUUACUACUUCAGAAAGCCAAUCAUUCCUCAAAAGGAGCCUUCGCCUUUGCUGGAAAAGAAGAUCCAAUUGCUAGAAGCUAAAUUUGCUGAAUUAGAAGGUGGAGAUGAUGAUGUUGAAGAGAUGGGAGAAGAAGAUAGUGAGGUCAUUGAACCUCCUUCUCUACCUCAGCUUCAGACUCCCCUAGCCAGUGAGCUGGACCUCAUGCCCUAUACACCCCCACAGUCUACCCCAAAAUCUGCUAAAGGCAGUGCAAAGAAGGAAGGCUCUAAAAGGAAAAUCAACAUGAGUGGCUACAUCCUGUUCAGCAGUGAGAUGAGAGCUGUGAUUAAAGCCCAGCACCCAGACUACUCUUUUGGGGAGCUCAGCCGACUGGUGGGGACAGAAUGGAGAAACCUUGAGACAGCCAAGAAGGCAGAAUAUGAAGAGCGGGCAGCUAAAGUUGCUGAGCAGCAGGAGAGAGAGCGAGCAGCACAGCAACAGCAACCGAGUGCUUCUCCCCGAGCAGGCACCCCUGUGGGGGCUCUCAUGGGGGUGGUGCCACCACCAACACCAAUGGGGAUGCUCAAUCAGCAGUUGACACCUGUUGCAGGCAUGAUGGGUGGCUAUCCGCCAGGCCUUCCACCUUUGCAGGGCCCAGUUGAUGGCCUUGUUAGCAUGGGCAGCAUGCAGCCACUUCACCCUGGGGGGCCUCCACCCCACCAUCUUCCGCCAGGUGUACCUGGCCUCCCGGGCAUCCCACCACAGGGUGUGAUGAAUCAAGGAGUGGCCCCUAUGGUAGGGUCUCCAGCACCAGGUGGAAGUCCAUAUGGACAACAGGUGGGAGUUUUGGGGCCUCCGGGGCAGCAGGCACCACCUCCAUAUCCUGGCCCACAUCCAGCUGGCCCCCCUGUCAUACAGCAGCCAACAACACCUAUGUUUGUGGCUCCCCCACCGAAAACACAACGGCUUCUCCACUCAGAGGCCUACCUGAAAUACAUUGAGGGACUCAGUGCGGAGUCCAAUAGCAUUAGCAAAUGGGACCAAACCCUGGCAGCUCGAAGACGUGAUGUCCAUUUAUCAAAAGAACAGGAGAGUCGUCUACCCUCCCACUGGCUCAAAAGUAAAGGAGCCCACACCACCAUGGCAGAUGCCCUCUGGCGCUUGCGAGAUUUGAUGCUUCGAGAUACCCUCAACAUUCGCCAAGCAUACAACUUAGAAAACGUUUAAUCACAUCAUUAUGUUUCUUUUAUACAACAUAAAGAGUUGUGGAACAGUAGCCAUUUUAGUUACUGGGGUGGGGGGAAGGAACAAAGGAUAAUUUUUAUUGCGUUUUACUGUACAUCACAAGGCCAUUUUUAUAUAAGGACACUUUUAAUAAGCUAUUUCAAUUUGGUUUUGUUAUAUUAAGUUGACUUUCUCAAAUACACAACAAUUUUUUUGCAUAUGUUUCCUUUGUUUAAAACCAUUUUCAUAAUUGGUUGUAUAUGCAGACUUGGAGUUUUAUCUUUUUACUUGUUGCCAUGGAACUGAAACCAUCAACGAUUUUGUCUUGGCUUGGGAAUUUUGUUUUUUGUUUUGUUUGGGGAGGGGUUGCUUUUUUUUCUAUAAAACAAACAAAAUGAAAAAAAAAACUUAACAGUUUACAAAUUAGUUUAAGUUGACAAUGAAAUGUGAAGUUUGUUCUAGUUUACAACUUAGAGAGGGGGAGUGUGUAUAUGUAUGUUUUGUGUGCCUGAAUAUCUUAAGCCACUUUCUGAAAAGGCUGUUCCUUACAGGUAAAGUCAACUGCUAGUUGUUAUUUAGAUUAUAGAUGUUUGACAAACAUUUGCUCUUUUAACUCAGAGGGUCUCUGUAGAAAUCCAUAGUCAGUACUAUGCAUUCAUCUGCAGCUAGUAUAAUUCCCAGAUACCUGGAGGAAAACAGCAGUUUUGUUGUGUUGAGUUAGACAUCAGUAGUGUCAUUGAUUUUUGCAGAACAUGUACACAGCCCAGAGUUAUAGUUAGUCUUGGAAGGUAAGUUUAAGGGUACUUUCGAUCUGUUUAUAAUAAAUUCACAAAUUAUGCCUAUAUAUGUUAGGUGGCUUGAGAAUUUAAAAGUUACAUUGGAAAACAUUGAAGUUCAUCUUGAAGAAAAGCAUUAAGAUCUACAUGGGGAUGACUUAUUUUUAAAUAUAACACAACCUUAUCUACAGAAGGGAGUACAGUAAUUGGAUAUGAACUGUCAUGCACCUAACUGUGAAAGGGUACAAUGCCUACAUAUGCAAAUGUUUCAUAUUCUUUAUCUCCUUAUCAGUUGGGGGAAUUCUUUUUGUUUCAGGGUUGUAAUUCUCAACCAGAAAUCUAUUACUUUCUAAACUAUAUUUUUAAAUUUAACUUGUGCUUUUGAAUUACAGGAAAAGGGAAUCAUAAUGUAAGGAAAUGCUCACUAAAAAGACCAUUACAGAUCCUAACUACUAGGUUUCAGUGACCCUCUUUCUUAUAUGGUCCUAGGGUAAACAUUUAGAGGUAAUGUGCUGCUCAAAUGGUAGGAAACUAUAAAUACAAAACAUUAUUUCAUUUGGCAGCAUGUUUUUGAAACCUACUUUAUUAUAACAAUGGUUACAUUUGUGGUGGAGCACCAGUUUGUGAGUGACUUUCAGAGGAUACUUUUUUCCUUUCAAUCUAUGAAUCAAUACCCAGAUGCUUAAUUACCAAUACUUAAUAAAUCAUGAGGGCAAAGGAGUAUAGAGUAAAAAUAUAUCUCUUAUAUCUAAAUGUUUGAAUAUAGGAGGCCCUUAACCAGGCAUGGUGGCACAUAUCUCUAACCACAGCAUUCAGAAGGCCAUGGCAAGAGGAUCACAAGUUCAAGGCUAGCCUGGGCUACAUCAUGAGUUCACAGCCAGCCCAGAAUACAUAGCAAGACCCUGUCUCAAAAAACAUACAUACAAGAGGCCCUUAUAACUUAACUGCCAUUAGUCAACCCCACUGGAUAUCAGUUUGCAUCAAGUAUUUUCAAUAAUUUUGAAUUUUGAAACAUAUUACAGUAGUAUAUCAAUACCUUAUUCUUAAACUGAACCAGAAAAAUCUUCAAGUCUGGUUAUUUGGAUCAUUAAAUCAUCAUGAACUGUGUGAUGCAAUCAGAUUCUUUUCUUUAUAGACAUCCUUGAAUUACACCAAAGAACCUGAAGCGUAAUUUUGGUUAAAUUAUUUAUUUAUUUCAUGCAUUCAUUGUAUAUCCCUUUUUAAGGGCUGGAUAAGACUUGUUUAAAAACUCUUUAUCAUGGGCCACAGAGGCACUGGAAGCCAGAGUACUCUUCCUCCAGGCUUUUUCCCCAUCCCUUGGGUGCUGUGGAACCCAAGAGCCAGCCAGGAGCUCUGUAAGGCAGUGUAGAGAUGGCUCAGGGUACCGCUAGGCAGGCCCUAAUUAAGUUAAGGAAAAAAAAAUUUAUUUAUUUUAGAAUCAUGUCUUUCUGUACAUUAACUUAGGGAACAUCAGUUAAUAUUUAGGAUUUAAAAUUUGAAGUCAACCAUUUUCCAAAAAAAAAAAAAAAGAAAAAACUUCUAACUUUUUAAAAGUACAAGCAAGCUAUGUAUCUCUUUUUUUUCCCCGCUAAGAGUUUCAGGAAGUAUAGUAAUGUGGCUUGGAAAGUGUAAUAGCCUAUUUUCAAAAUGUAAGUUCCUAUGGAGAAUUCUGUUUAUAUGGUGGAGAUCUAUAAGUUUAAGAUAGAAUGUUAGCCAACUAAUUUUAAAGGCUUUUAAUUAUUUGUUUUAACCCACCCUCCCUUUCCUAUGAGGAAUUGAGGGAGGACACUUAACUUGUGUAAAGUCCUCUAAUGGUAUUGAUUUUUCAGUUUGAGUAUUUCAGACAUGAUUAAAACUUGGUCUAUUCUAAUUUCUGUAUUAUAUCAUCAUCUGAAGUUUCAGUGGUUACUAGUCCUUAUAACAUGUAUGUAUCAUAUGUUUGUUCCUCUAAAGCUUUUUAAUCAAAAUAAAAAUGGAGUUUGCAAAGUGA